GGGAUUUGAUGUCUAACUCGGAUGUCUAACGUAAAGAGGAAAAAACAGAACAGCAGUAGAAUAAUGCGGUGUUAUUUGGAACAUUAUUUGAAGUACUAAAAACCGGGACAAUUCGUGUCCCGCGAAAGAGUCAAUUUCCGGGGCAGUCGCUCAAAAAAGAGAACAAUGCCGGAAAAACCAGAACGCGUGGCAACCCUAUCGGCUACACGUACGUAUUAUUUUCAUUCACUGUUUGAAGCCAAUACUUAAAAUGGGCCGAAUUAGUUUUGUGAACUUAAACAUGUGAAAAUGUAUGGCCCUACUUUAAAAAUUAUGUACCCAACGUCAGGGAACACACAUUAACUCCAUACAUAUCUAAAGGGUGGGCAUGAUCACGGAAGAUUCUUUCUGGAACGUGCCUCUAUUUCAGCACUAACAGAGGAAACGCCUUAUUUGCGAGGAGAUCUUUACAUUACAUCUGUAGCCUGUAGCUCUGUAGCCAUCGCAGUUUUAUUCGCAAAGGAUGCAUUUGUGAAACGCGUUUUGAUAAGUCCUCGCAAAUCUCUUCGUGAAACGAGCCCUGCACUCUCUGCUCAGCCUGGCUGUGCGCAGAACCAGGGAGGCCCUCCCACUCUGUGUCACACAGUUUCAGAGAAAACGGAAACUUUACUCUUUCUCUGUUUGUGUCAAAUAGCAGAGGUAGGUAUCUAGGCGGGUCUGCUCAGAACCAGGAUAUAUCUCCUGCACGUCCACAAGCAGAUUCUGAGAAACACUACCUUCAGAUUAAAAACUCUUAACAGUUUUUACAAUACAAUGGCUGAAGGUGGAGGUUUACUGGAUCAGGACCAGUUGAGCUGUUCGAUCUGUCUGGAUCUACUGAAGGAUCCAGUGACCAUUCCCUGUGGACACAGUUACUGUAUGGGCUGUAUUAAGGGCUGCUGGAACCAGGAUGAUCAUACUGGUGUCUACAGCUGUCCCCAGUGCAGAGAGACUUUCACCCCAAGGCCUGUUUUAAGAAAAAACACCAUGUUUGCUGAAGUGGUGGAGAAACUGAAGAAGACAGGACUCCAAGCUGCUCCUCCUGCUCACUGUUACGCUGGACCUGGAGAUGUGCCGUGUGAUUUCUGCACUGGGAGAAAGCGCAAAGCCAUCAAGUCCUGUCUGGUGUGUCUGGCCUCUUACUGUGAAACUCACCUCCAGCCUCACUAUGAAUCUCCUGCCUUUAAGAAGCACAAACUGGUGAAAGCCACUGGAAACCUGCAGGAGAAGAUCUGCUCUCAUCAUGACAAACUGCUGGAGGUUUACUGUCGUACCGAUCAGCAGUGUAUCUGUUAUCUGUGUACAAUGGAUGAACACAGAGGCCAUGAUACAGUCUCAGCUGCAGCAGAAAGGACUGAGAAACAGAAGCAGCUGGGGGCGACACAGAGUAAAUUCCAGCAGAGAAUCCAGGAGAGAGAGAAGAAGCUGCAGGAUCUGAGACAGGCUGUGCAGUCACUCAAGCGCUCUGCACAGGCAGCAGUGGAGGACAGUGAGAGGAUCUUUACUGAGAUGAUCCGCUCCAUUGAGAGAAGGUGCUCUGAGGUGAAAGAGCUGAUCAGAGAUCAGGAGAAGGCUGAAGUGAGUCGGGCUGAAGGACUCCUGGAGCGACUGGAGCAGGAGAUUGCUGAGCUGAGGAGGAGAGAUGCUGAGCUGGAGCAGGUUUUCCACACAGAGGAUCACAUCCAUUUCCUCAAGAGCUGUCAGUCUCUCUGUGUCCCUCCUGGACAUGGAUACUUACCCACCAUCACAGUCAGUCCACACGUCUCUUUUGAGGCUGUGAGGAAAUCUGUCUCUGUACUGAAAGAGAGACUGGAGGAUGUUUUCAAGGCGGAGUUGGUCAAAGUUUCUGGAAAAGUGGCACAAGUCGAUAUUCAAGAGCCCAAUUCCAGAGAGGACUUCUUACAGUAUGCCUGUCAGCUCACACUGGACCCCAACACAGCGUAUAAACAGCUCCGUCUGUCUGAGAGGAACAGAGCGGUGGCCAGUGUGAGAGAGAUCCAGUCAUAUCCUGAUCAUCCAGAGAGAUUUGACUACUGGAACCAGGUGCUGUGCAGAGAGGGUCUGUCUGGACGCUGUUACUGGGAGGCUGAGUGCAGUCAUGAUGCUUCCAUUGCAGUCACACCAAAACAGAUCGGCAGGAAAGGGAAGGGUGAUGACUGUGUUCUGGGUCGUAAUACCAUGUCCUGGUGUUUGUUCUGCUCUCCCUCCAGUUACUCUUCCUGGCACAAUAAUAAGAGCAUUAAAAUCCCUGUGCCGCCCUCCAGAAUAGGAGUGUACCUGGAUCACGGGGCAGGAACACUGUCCUUCUACAGCGUCUCUGACACAAUGACCCUCCUGCACAGAGUCCAGACCACAUUCACUCAGCCCCUCUAUCCUGCGUUUGGGGUGUUUUUGGGAUCCUCUGUAAAACUGUGUGAUCUGGAGCGAGGCAGUUUGAAGGGAAGAUCAGCUGUAAUGAAAGAGAGGGGAGAACAAUCCAAAUUAUUGUCACUGUUACCAUCAAUAUUCAGUUAAAGGGUCACACGUUGUGCUCAGUUGACACCUCUCUGAGGUUGCAGGAACAUGUCAAGGCAAACCUGAUGAUACAAAUGAAUUACCUCAGUGUAAAGAGAUAAUUCAACUUUGCCAUCCAAAUAUCAAUUUUCCCACUGUAGAGCUGAACCAGGCUGGCUCAUUAUAACCCUUUCCCACUGUAGAGCUGAACCAGGCUGGCUCAUUAUAGCCCUUUCCUCCUGUAGAGCUGAACCAGGCUGACUCAUUAUAGCCCUUUCCCACUGUAUAGCUGAACCAGGCUGGCUCAUUAUAGCCCUUUCCCACUGUAGAGCUGAACCAGGCUGGCUCAUUAUAGCCCUUUCCCACUGUAGAGCUGAAACAGGCUUGCUCAUUAUAGCCCUUUCCCACUGUAGAGCUGAAC